CGAGCAGAAAAUUCGCGGCUAAAGUCUGGCUGCUGAGGAGGAGUUGGUUUCACUGUUUGUGAAGGUACAUUGACUCUGUCCACUGCUGAAAUGGCCUCUUCCUGCGGAGGCAAGUUGUGAUUGUUUUAAAAGCUGAAAAUAAUCAGUCCACUUAUCUUAGUGACCAGGUGGAAGCCAGUCUAAUGAGCUUCCACCAUAUGGUUUUCACCAGUCAUGUCUUCCCAUCAGUCCAGAUGAGAGAAUAUAUAUAUAUAUAUAUAUAUAUAUAUAUUUUUUUUUUACAGGGAGCCUUAAUUAAAUGUCUAGCGGCCCAAUUCUGUCUCUACUAGAGGUCAACCGAUUAUGAUUUUUCAACAAUUAUUGGAGGACCAAAAAAGCAGAUACUGAUUAAUUGGCCAAUUUUAUUUAUUUAGUUGUAAUAAUGACAAUUACAACAAUACUGAAUGAACACUUAUUUUAACUUAAUAUAAUACAUCAAUAAAAUCAAUUUGGCCUCAAAUAAAUAAUGAAACGUGUUCAAUUUAGUUUAAGUCAUGCAAAAACAAAGUUUUGGGCGUGCAAUAUGUGCUAACGUUUCAGUUCCUUGCUCAGAACAUGAGAACAUAUGAAAGCUGGUGGUUCCUUUUAACAUGAGUCUUCAAUAUUCCCAGGUAAGAACUUUUAGGUAGUUUAUUAUAGGACUAUUUCCCUCUACUAUUUGUAUUUCAUUAACCUUUCUUUGACUAUUGACUUUUCUUAUAGGCACUUUAGUUUUGCCAGUGUAACAGUAUAGCUUCCAUCCCUCUCGCUCCUCCCUGGGCUCGAACCAGGAACACAACGACAACAGCCACCAUUGAAGCAGCGUUACCCAUGCAGAGCAAGGGGAACAACUACUAGAAGGCUCAGAGCGAGUGACGUUUGAAACGCUAUUAGCGCGCGCUAACUAGGUAGCCAUUUCACUUCGGUUACACCAGCCUCAUCUCAGGAGUUGAUAGGCUUGAAGUCAUAUACAGCGCAAUGCUCUGACACUCAACGAAGAGCUGCUGGCAAAAUGCAUGAAUGUGCUGUUUGAAUGAAUAUUUACGCACCAGCUUCUGCCUACCACUGCUCAGUCAGAUGCUUGUAUGCUCAGUCAGAUUAUAUGCAACGCAGGACACGCUAGAUAAUAUCUAGCAAUAUCAUCAACCAUGUGUAGUUAACUAGUGAUUAUGAUUGAUUUGUUUUUUAUAAUAUAAGUUUAACUAGCUAGCAACUUACCUUGGCUUACUGCAUUUGCGUAACAUGCUCCUUGUGGAGUGCAAUGUGAGAGGCAGGUUGUUAUUGCGUUGGACUAACAAGGUGAAAAUCUGUCGUUCUGCCCCUGAACGAGGCAGUUAACCCACCGAUCCUAGCCCAUCAUUGAAAAUAAGAAUGUGUUCUUAACUGACUUGCCUAGUUAAAUAAAGGUGUGUAAAAAUGUAUUUAAAAAAUCGCCAAAAUCGGUGUCCAGAAAUACCAAUUUCCGAUUGUUAUGAGAACUUAUCGGCCAUUCCGAUUCAUCGGUCGACCUCUAGUCUGUACCCCCCCCCCCCCCCCCCCUUGAAUUGUUCGUAUCCCUGUCCUGAGUCCUCUUCCCUUGUUUGGAAGGCUUAGUAUUUCUGUUUGCACACAGACAAGUUCCCCAUUACCAUAGAAACCGCCAUGUUGGUGUACUUGUUUCAUUAACUGAAAUGCAUCAUUUGUCCCAUCCAGAUAUUCUGGUUAAGGAGAUUGACAAACGUGCGUCUGGCCAGGCGUUCGAGGUGAUCCUAGGAGCUCCAGCUCCAGACGCCAAGGGAGAGUUCCCCCUUUCUCCCCCCAAGAAGAAGGACCUGUCCCUGGAGGAGAUCCAGAGGAAACUAGAGGCUGCAGAGGAGAGGAGGAAGUCCCAUGAAGCGGAGGUUCUGAAACACCUCGCUGAGAAGCGGGAGCAUGAGAAGGAGGUGCAAAGGAAAGCCAUGGAGGAGAACAACAACUUCAGCAAGAUAGCGGAGGAGAAGCUUAACCAGAAGAUGGAGGCUAACAAAGAAAACAAGGAGGCCCUUCAGGCAGCCAUGAGUGAGAAGUUCAAGGAGAAGGACAAGAAACUGGAAGAGGUGCGUGCUAAGAAGGAAACCAAAGAGGGCGGUGCUGAGACAUCAGAAAACUGAACAGUUCAGUCUAUGGGGGAAUUGUAUACUAUAGGGUUUUUUACGUAUCCAAAGAUUGAUUUAUAUUUAGUUGAUGGCCAGUAUUUUUGUUCCCUGCCACCCACUUUAUGAAGGAAAUUAAGUUCUCCCCGUUUGUGAAUUUAGCUUCUCUGCUAUAAGUGUACUUGCUAUAGUUUUACAUGUGGAUAUUGGUCUCCUUGUUGCUUCUAUUCCACAGCUGUUUAAAUGUUACUAGCCUUCAAAUCCUCAAUUCCUUUCAAAUGGCAUUGGAGGAUAGGAUCCAAGGUAAUAUCCUUAUACCACCAAUGAAGCUUUGAGAGAUUAAUGAAAAGAGGAAGCAAGGAUUUGACCUCUAGUAACUAUUUCAUACACAGCCCAUUUCUUUGGAUAUGUAGCUUUUGUCAUUGCAGCUUCUGACCUAAUGAAAAUAGCAGUGUAUGUAGUUGUCCUUUAAGGAAGCAUGUGCUGUGCAUAGGCCCUCGACAUGAUCUCUCUAUUCCAUAGUGCCGCUUUGGAACAGUGUCCCCGUGUAUCUCACACCUGACUGUUCAUAGCACUUAUUGAUCACUGUUUGUUAACAUAUUGAUUGGUUUCACCUUUUUCACAACAUCAGGUGUCAUAUUGCAGCUUUUGCUGUUCAGAGAUCUGCUAGUCUUGUUCUUUAAAGAGCUAGGGCUGAUAUGGCAUCCUGAUCCUAUUACACUACCCAAAAGUAGUGCACUAUAUGGAAUAGGGUGCCAUUUCAGACACCCUACAUCUAAUCUUUGUGCCACUGCAGAUUUUAUGCAUUUGUAAAGUGGAGUUUUGUCUCAAAGCACAUGACUUAGUGCUGUUGUAGGGCAAUGAAGUAACUUUGCCAGACGUUUGAAUCAUCUAGGAUGUUACUGGAAGUGGGUCUACACAUGGAAUGCAAAAGAGGAACACACUUUGGAAUCUUAAUAGAUGUUACUAGUUGACUUAACUGUUGUACUAAAAAAUAAAAUUGUUACACGCCA